AACUGCUUCAUUUCAGAAGAAAUGAUACCUAACUCUCAGUAUAUAAAUUCAGCCCAGUGCAAGCCUCAUCAUAAAGAAGAACACCAUGGGGCUCUUGACAGCUGCAUUGAUCGGAGCAGGAGCAACGGGCGCCGUGGUCGGGGCUCCUUUCGUUCUGGCCGGCAUAGGAUUCACCUCAGCUGGAAUAGCAGCAGGCUCCUAUGCUGCCAGCAUGAUGUCAGCUGCAGCAGUGGCUAAUGGAGGAGCGGUGGCAGCAGGAAGUACAGUGGCUGUUUUGCAGGCAGCAGGUGCAGCUGGACUGUCAGGAGUUGCCACUGCAGCUGUGGGCAGCGCUGGAGCAGCAUUGGCAGGGCUGGCUGCAGUCCUCAUCUGAAUUUGAUCUGAGGACAGAGGAUGUCUUUCACUUUACAGAUUGUAAAAAAUUGUGGAUUAUCCUGCAUAAGCAAAUGUAUUUUAUUACACUUUGAGCACCCAAGCGAAUUGUAAUGCAGUUCCAUUAUAUUUGAGAGAAGGCAGAAGGACAAAUAGCAUUGCAGGUAUGAGGACAAAUGUGUAUUUUUGAUUUUGGGGUGAACUCUUCCUUUUAGGGCUUUCAGGAAAACAAAAAGUCAAAUCAAAAACAAAUAAAAGACAAAAGGGGAUAAAUGAAAAAGCUUUCUUUCUGCUCAAAGGCUGUUUUUCCUCACCACUGUGCUUGUUCAUGGGGAUUGUUUGCUCUGUAAAAUGAUCUGUAGUGUCUAGACCUGCUAUCAUUAAAUGUGUCAUGAAAUAA